GAUGCCGAAUCCUCGGUGCGGAGCAGCGGGAGCUGUAGAGCAGGAGAGCGGGGUUAGGGUUAGCCUAAUGAGGGAGGAGGAGCCGGCUGCCAUUCGCCCGCCGAUAAAGGGAUGUGGAGCGCGGCUCGGGCUGAGCGCUAGCGCCGGAGAGAGUCACCGCGUCUCGGGAGGAUUUGUAACGCGCCAGGCUCCGGGAGGAUUCAGCAUGCAGAUGGUUUAUAUCAUUUAUAUCUCUGCCCGGGUCUAAAUAUUCACACUUUGGGCUGUUUUUCGUGUCUUUUAGCUUCCUGGAUCCGCUGUAUGAUAAACACACCCCCAGCCCCGGUGUGGAUGCACAGGCUGUAGGAAACACGAUGCAGCCGGAUAGCGAGCCCCAUCCCGGGCAGUGCCAGCGCGCCGAGCCGCUGGAACAUGCGGAGGAAGAGGCGGCGGGGAGCGGAGCUCAGCCCCAGCCGGAACAGGAGUCCCAGACCCAGAAUGAACCCGAGACCGAUCCCGAACCUGAGCCCGAGGACAGCGGGGUGCAGCUGCUGCACUCCCCCGCAGAGAAGAAGGAGCCACUAGCGGACACACCGCCGGCCCCACAGCCCCCGGCCCCCGUCCCCACCACCGCGGCGCCGGGCCCGGCGUUCGUCCCCCCGGAGGGCGGCUACGGCUGGCUGGUGGUGUUCGCGGCCACCUGGUGCAACGGCUCCAUCUUCGGCAUCCAGAACUCUUUCGGCAUCCUGCACAUGAUGCUCGCCGAGGACCACCAGGACCCCCACGACCAGACCUCCCAGUUUAAAGUGGCAUGGGUGGGGGCGUUGGCGAUGGGGAUGAUAUUCUUCUGUUCUCCGGUGGUCAGCAUGUUCACCGAUCACUUCGGCUGCAGGAAGACGGCGGUGGGCGGAGCCUUCGUUGCCUUCCUCGGACUCCUCAGCAGCGCAUUUGCCACGACGCUGGGUUUGAGAUAUUUCACCUACGGCAUCAUGUUUGGCUGCGGCUCCUCCUUCGCCUUCCAGCCGUCUCUGGUGAUUCUGGGGCACUACUUCCGGCAGCGGCUGGGUCUGGCGAACGGUGUGGUGACCGCCGCCAGCAGCAUCUUCUCCAUGGGGCUGCCGGUUCUGCUGAAGAAGGUUGUGGGUCCGCUGGGUCUCUGCAGGACCUUCCAGAUCCUGAGUCUGUUCAUGCUGGUGCAGUCGGUGCUCGCCCUCACCUUCCGCCCGCUGAUGCCCAGCGGAGGCUGCCCGAUGACGGGCAUGGGGCCUGAGGGAGGAGCCUCUGGGCUUCCUGGAGCUCCAGGUUCUGCGUCUGGGAACCGGUGGAGGCGGAGCCUGAUUAAGAUGAGGAAGUACUUUAACGUCCGCGUGUUCGGCGUGGUGACGUACCGCGUGUGGGCGUUCGGCGUGGCCACGGCGGUGCUGGGGUACUUCGUGCCCUAUAUUCACCUGAUGAAGUUUGUGAAGGAGCAGUUUGCGGAGACGCAGAGGGAGUGGGUGCUGUUGGUGUGUUUGGGAGCGUCUUCAGGAGUCGGGCGUUUGCUCUUCGGGAAAGUGGGAGAUCUCAUUCCAGGAGUGGAGAAAAUUUACCUGCAGGUGGCCUCCUUCAUGGUGCUGGGCCUGAUGUCGAUGAUGAUCCCGCUGUGUCGGGUGUUUGAGGGGCUGGUGGUGGUGUGUGUGUUUAUGGGACUGUGUGAUGGAUGCUUCAUCACCAUCAUGGCCCCCAUCGCCUUCGAGUUGGUAGGACCCAUGCAGGCGUCUCAGGCGAUUGGCUACCUGCUGGGUCUCAUGGCUGUCCCCAUGACUGCAGGACCUCCUAUCGCAGGUCUUCUUCAUGAUUAUUUUGGGAAUUAUCACGUGGCGUUUUAUCUGGCCGGUGUUCCCCCGAUCGUGGGGGGGAUCGUGCUGUUCUUCGUCCCGCUGGUUCAUAAGCGUCUCAAGAGACGGCAGGCCGAGACCUCGGACCCCAGCACCGACCGCAUGCUGAAAAACUGCUCCAACGGAGACAUGCUGCCCGGAUACACCGACAUGGAGACACACAUCUGAACCUCAGACCUGCAUCCAGCCACAGGAGGAGAGUUCUGCACCUCUAUCUGAACUUCCCCGAGCUCCCGUCCCCCCGGUUUCCCCCCCCCCCCUCCC